AUGCCUUCCUCUGAUAUCAAGUCGGUGCUUGACACCAAGCCUGUCACCUUCACCCUCAAGACCGGCGGCGGCAAGUGGAAGUGCACUCUUCACGGUGACAGACACGCAUAUGAGAAGCACCGUGCCGCCACUCCUGGUAUCAACCGCACCGACUCAGACAUCUCCGUCGCCUCCAACUCGUCGACCUCCUCAGCUGCUUCCUCGACCUCUCACUAA